UACAUGGCUAAGCCUAAUCUCCUUUUCAGCCUUUCUCUUUGCUUGCUUGUUCUCUUUCAUGGGUCGUCGGCUGUCCGCCAACAUCAGCCGCAACACGAGUGCCAACUCGAUAGAAUCGAUGCUCUUGAACCAGAUAACCGUGUUGAAAGCGAAGCCGGUGUAGUAGAGUCUUGGAAUCCAAACGAACCUCAGUUUCAAUGUACUGGAGUUGCCGUUGUUAGGAGGACCAUCGAGCCCAGAGGCCUCCUUUUGCCGUCCUACAGCAAUGCUCCACAGCUCGUCUACAUAGUCCGAGGUAGGGGUGUUUCUGGGAGCAUAUACGCUGGAUGCCCUGAAACAUUCCAGGAAUCUCAACAUGCAGGUGGAAGCAGCAGGGAUCAAGACCAACACCAGAAGGUUCGAAGUUUCCGCCCGGGUGAUAUCAUUGCUAUUCCCGCCGGAGUAGCUCAUUGGUGCUACAACGACGGCAAUGAACCCGUUGUUGCCGUUUCUGUCCUUGACGUCCACAAUAGAGCCAACCAGCUUGAUGUGAACCCUAGACACUUCUAUCUAGCUGGUAAUCCAGAAGAAGAGUUCCCGCAACGAUAUGACGAAAGACGUGAUCCAAGAGAUCCCGGCCGUGGAAUCUUCAGGGAGCCAGAACGACGCACUUGCAACAAUCUUUUCUGUGGGAUGGAUUCAAGGUUCCUGGCGGAAGCUUUCAAUGUGAAUGAGCAGUUGGCGAGGAAGCUUCAAAGCGAAAAUGACUUCAGAGGCAGCAUUGUGAGGGUGGAACGUCAACUUCAGGUAGUCAGGCCUCCACGAACCCAACAAGAGAGACAGGAGCAAUUACAGCGAGAGAGAGUAAGCCCUGGCCGAGGAGAACACUACAAUGGCCUCGAGGAGACCUUCUGCUCUAUGAGGGUUAUUGAGAAUAUCGCUGAUUCCUCGCGCGUAGACGUCUUCGUCCCAGAAGCCGGUCGUGUGAGCACCGUCAACAGCCACAAUCUCCCCAUUCUUCAGAGGAUCCAACUCAGUGCUUCCCAUGUAGUUCUUCGCAAUAACGCGGUGAGGUUACCACACUGGCACAUGAACGCCCACAGCGUAAUGUACGUGGUGAGGGGUCAAGCCCAGGUUCAGGUGGUGGAUGAAAACGGCAACGCUGUCUUCGACGGAAACGUAAGGGAAGGACAAGUCUUAACGGUGCCACAAAACUUCGCCGUGGUGAAAAGGACGGAGAGGGAUAUGUUCGAAUACGUAGAAUUCAAGACCAAUGACAAUGCCAUGACCAAUGAUCUUGCAGGACGCGCCUCCACCAUUCGUGCCCUGCCGGUAGAGGUAGUCGCCAACGCUUACCGCUUAUCAUUGGAGGACGCAAGGAGGCUCAAGUAUAGCACACAAGAGACCACCUUGACAAGUGCAAGGCCUCCCACUGGAAGGUGGGCAGAUGCUUAA